AUGGGAUGAGCGACGUUCAGCCUACAAGCAGCUUCAGUAUUGGCAACGCUGUCCAAACUACAUCGGCUUCCGGCUCCACUAUUAUUGAGUUCUCCCGCGUUUCCAGCGAUGGUUCCAUCCCAGUGAACGUUGGCGGCAGCAACACUCUCAUCUGGGCCUACUCUGAAAGCGGCUCCAAGUCACUUGACUUCCACGGCGAGAAUGACUACACCUACUCUGCCCCCCUUGACUCCUCUCUCACGCUACACUGGAAGACCGUUAGUGCUACUCAGGUCAACCUCGCCCUGGAGGCAGCAGCGGGCAGCACGGCAGCAGCGGGGUGGUUCUCCCUGGCGUGGACUGCGGACGGCCGCAUGGCCCCGGCUGACACUAUCAUUGGCAACCUGCCGGGCGGGGCUGUGGCGGCUUACUACAUGAGCGGCUAUGGGAUGAGCGACGUUCAGCCUACAAGCAGCUUCAGUAUUGGGAGUGGUGCGGCGCUGACUACCACUUCCAGUGGCUCCAAGGUUAUGAAGUUCUCUCGGGCCCAGGGCGAUGGCUCCAUCCCAGUGAGUGUGAACGGGUCCAACACCCUCAUCUGGGGAUACUCCCAAGGCGGCUCUCAGACCCUUGGUUUCCACGGAGAGAAUGAUGGUGCGCUCACCCUCGACUUCUCAUGCGCCACUUCAUCCACCGGAGGUGGCAUCGGCGGUGGCGUUGGUGGCGGCAUUGGCGGCGGUGACAACAACGGAGGUGGCUUUGGAGAUGGAGGCCAUGGGCAUGGGCAAGGCGGAGCGGAUGGUCAUGGAGGUGAUAUGGGUAAAACCCAAAAUCACCAUGAUUGUGGGUGUGGAGGAGCCGGCAUAUGGGAUGAAGGAGGGAUGGGUGACUUGGGGGGUCGCAGCUGGA